CUUCCUUUUUUUUUUCUUUUGCUCUCACGAUCUUUUGCUGUUUACUCUUCCUUCUUUCUUUCCACCUCCCUUUUCCCCUAAUCAGACACACUCAUACCUAUUUUAUAAAGAUGGCGCCCACUGGAACUCGUCUGGCCGGCAAAGUCGCCGUCAUCACUGGUGCUGGAAGUGGAAUCGGUCUCGAAUCCUCGGUCCUGUUUGCAUCCGAAGGUGCUCAGGUUGUAUGUGCCGAUAUCAACGAAAAGGGCGCGGCUGCGACUGUUGAGAAGAUUAAUUCACUCUUUGGUGAAGGUCGUGCCAUUGCUGUCCGUGUCGACGUCAGUAAAGAGGAAGAUGUCAAGAAGAUGAUCCAGUUGGCUGUCGCCCAAUUUGGCAAGCUCAAUGUUCUCUUCAACAAUGCUGGUAUCAUGCACCCUGCCGACGACAAUGCUAUCACGACUUCUGAAGAUAUCUGGGAUUUGACCAUGAAUAUCAAUGUCAAGGGUGUUUGGUGGGGUUGCAAGUACGCGAUUGCGGAGAUGCGAAAGACGGGUGGAGGAUCGAUCAUUAACACAGCCUCAUUCGUAGCUCUCCGUGGCGCAGCAACACCUCAACUGGCUUACACAGCUUCUAAGGGUGCCGUUCUGGCUAUGACUCGUGAAUUGGCUGUAGUACAUGCGAAAGAAAACAUUCGCUUCAAUGCUUUGUGCCCAGGUCCGUUGCGUACACCUUUGCUGAUGGAAUUCUUGAAUACCGAGGAAAAGAAGAACAGGAGAUUGAUUCAUGUUCCUAUGGGACGAUUUGGAGAGGCGAUUGAACAGGCAAAGGCUGCCUUGUUCUUGGCUUCAGAUGAUUCUUCAUACAUGACUGGAACGGACUUUGUGGUCGAUGGAGGACUCUGCUCUGCUUAUGUCACCCCAGAGGGUGAGACCAUUUCCAACUCUCCUCAUACCUCUUAUCAGUAAAAAAAAGACCACUUUUAAUAAAAAUCAUUAUGAAAAAAUGCC